ACACACCCUUCUCCCUCCACUAUAUAAAGCCUUGACGAAAUGUAACCUCCUGUUCCGAGAAUGUGAGGACGACGGUCCGAUGUCAGAAUGGUUCAGAACGAACCCAACCUCGGCGUGAGCUUUUGUUUGCAAAUGGUAUGAACGUUGAACUCUUAUUCACUACAGAAGUGAUACCUCCUAGCCGUUGAGUUAGCAACAGCAGCUGCAAAGGUGGGCUAUGAAAGAACAGACAGAGUAUCCCGUCUACCACACAACGACAUUACUACAACAUAUCCAAUUUACCAGCAGAGACAUUCUUCAAAGGACUCUGUUGGGCAACACGGCCUUCCAUCUACCACCAACCUACCGAAGCGCAGCUCAGAGUCCCUCUGAUGAUUGUUAUCUUGGCCUAAUGUCUGUCCGAGUGCCAUCCAUGAGUGUGCUGCCUCCUGUUCGAAGGGACCGCGUCAUUGCCCAGCUUCCUCAGUGUUACAGUAAGAAGGCUGCUGUGCAAACUAAAGAUGAGUUCAACUUCAAAGUGAAGACUGCCUGCCAGGAGCAACGCACUGGCACAGUAGGGUUUAAAAUAGCUAAGGUCAUAGUGGUUGGUGACCUGGCUGUGGGAAAAACCUGUCUGAUUAAUAGAUUUUGCAAGGAUGCAUUUGACAAGAACUACAAGGCAACAAUUGGUGUUGACUUUGAGAUGGAGCGGUUUGAAGUGUUGGGGGUGCCUUUCAGUUUACAGUUAUGGGACACUGCGGGGCAGGAGAGGUUCAAGUGUAUUGCCUCCACAUACUACAGGGGAGCUCAGACGAUUAUUAUUGUGUUUGAUGUAAAUGAUGUGGCAUCUUUGGGCCAUGCAAGGCAGUGGCUUGAAGAUGCCCUGAAGGAGAAUGAUCCUACCAAUGUCCAACUUUUCCUGGUGGGCACAAAGAAAGACCUGAGUUCUCCUGCUCAGUACUCUCAGAUUGAACAGGAUGCCACCAAAUUGGCUGAGGAAAUCAAAGCAGAGUAUUGGGCCUUGUCAUCAUUGACUGGGGAAAAUGUAAAAGAGUUUUUCUUCCGUGUUGCAUCAUUGGCAUUUGAGGUCAACGUUCUGGCAGAGAUAGAGAAGAGUGGAUCAAGACACAUUGGGGACGUUAUCAAAAUUAACAGUAAUUCAAACAGCCUGUAUGCAACAUCAAAGAAGAAACAGUCAAACUGUUGUCAAUGAAGACAAACACAUGACUACUACAGUAAAAAGGUACCAAAGCAUUAUUUCCUCAAAAGAGAAACAGAUCCCAUGACCACUCCCAGCGACAUGGAAUUUGCAGUGAGGCAGGACAGAGACUUUUGCCUUCACAGACAUCUGAUUUUAAUUUCUGCUGGCCCGGAAAGAACAGCUUCUUGGUUGGAUGUGGAUUCCUGUGGUGCUUGGCUUAUUUUUGCCUGUCCAGAGUUUCGGAUAGAAAUUCCUCUGGUUCAUUGUACUCCAUACUGUACAAUUCCAGUUCUUGAGUCCUGACAGAAAUUGUGAUCGAGGUACUGCUUUAAUAGCUAUGGAGUAUGGACAAUCAUGGAUGUCUUCAAAUACCCAAUAUGGAUAUUUUUAAGACACUCCGCCAUUAGACCUGUUAGAUUUUUUACAGCGUUGUUUUGUUUAGUGUUGUUUCCAUGCGACAUGUUUUUUGCUAAGUUUGUAGCCAUUGCAUAGAUUAAAACUCAUGACUCCUUCCUGGGAUGUUACAUUAUGCUAGCUAAGGAGUAUGAUUACAUAAUCCUAUUUUUUAACAGCACAACUGCAUUCUUACAGUAUGAGAGAUGUGUAUUAUUCAGAUGUACCUCGUCUACGCUAGAUCGAUACAAUAAUAUAACUGAGAAUGAUAGAUUUUUAAUGAUGUGCGAUAUUUGAAUGACUGAUCUUAUAUUAUCCCUCUAGUUGAAUACCAUAAUCAGAGUGAAAAGUGCAUACAUAUGUCUAGUUUUCCUUUUAGACAAAGAUUAUUUAAGUCAUUUUUCUAAUGUUUAAUUGCAGGUGCAAGUUUUAGCUCUAUAAAGAUACUGUAUAUCAAAAAUUACUACACUUAGCUCAAAAUAUACAUGUAAGCUUCACAAUCACUGCUCUGUAUCAAAUCAAACAACUGUUUACUGGUAAUUAGACUUUAUAAUUAUAAAACAAAUAAUUCAAUAAUAAAGUUAUUAUUGAAAGUUCUAUAUAGGAUGAAUCACUAAUCUGUUAUUAAAUUAUGUUUAACUGUUUGUCAUAUUAGCCAGGGCCUCUUAAUAUAAAACAAUUAUACAUACAGUCGAUAGUGAAAGUCUACACACCCCUUGUACAGUCUUCAAACUUUGAAAAUAUAUGAGGAUGCAUUGAUUGCAUACUGUAUGUCUUCACACCCCAGAGUUAAUUCUUGAUGGAAGCACCUUCGGCAGCUACGAAUCAUUUUUAAUAAUUCUAUCAACCUUGCACAACUCUUAGGGCAACAUACUGUAUAUCCAUUGUUUUUGUAAAAAUUGCUCAAGCUCAGUAAAUUUGGUUGGGAAUCAUUGAUGGACAGCAAUAUUCAAACAUUGUCUUGUUUUUUUAAAAGCAGAUUUAAGACUAUUUGGACUAUUUAGGAACACUCAACACCUCCUUGGAAAGCCAUUCUAAUGCACCUUUGGCAUUACAAUUUGGGUCAUUGUUUUUGAAUUUAAAAAAAUAUAUAUCCCAGGGUUAGGUUUUCAGAAGACUGAGGUGGGAUUUCCUAUAACUUUUUACCUGGGCUGUGCUCCAUACAUUUUUAUUUUCAUCCUAUCCCCAGUCCCUGCUGGUGACAAGCAUACCCAUAAUAUGAUGCUGCCACCACAAACCUGUAGUAUCUUCUUCGGUCUCUCUCAUCAACAAGCUGUUUUCGCACACAGGACUGUCGCUAUCGACUGGAGUUAAAAAAAAAUAAAAAAUCACACCAUUAUCGGUAAAGUCUAGACACUGUUGUGCACAAAAAGCCCAAGAGGCCGGUCGUUUCUGAGAUACUGGAACCGGCCCGCCUGGCACCGACAAUCAUGCUACGCUCAGUCGCUUAGGUUACUCGCUGUGCCCAUUCUAACUUUCAAUCUAACAGUAACUGAAUGCCUCAAUGCCUGUCUGCCUGCUUUAUAUAGCAAGCCAUGGCCACAUGACUCACUAUCUGUAGGACCACACAAUUUUUGUGAACAGGGUGGUGUACCUAAUUAACUGGUGUGUAUGUUGCCCUAAGAGUUGUACAAAGUUGGUAGAAUAUUAUUCAAAAUGAUAUACAGCUGUAAUUUCUUUCAAUUUGAAUAUGUGGAUCUAUAGGGAAAAAAAUCUAAUCCAUUUUUAUAUUGAAUUUGUUUACACUUUCACUAGGUACUAUAUAUACAAUGUGCUUGUAUAUAAGCCAAAAUAAUGGAAUGCAUUCACCACUCCAAGGCAAUUCAUGAUCUUAGUGACUUUUUGGAUAAAGCACCAUACUAGAGUAACAUAGAAUUCUUGUCAGCACAGUUAGAUUGCCUACCCGCUCGGAACUGCAUGACAUUGAGCUUGGCAUUUAACUGGCGAAGCUCUUGGAAGGAGUCGAAAUAUUGUUUGUCAAUUUGAAUCUGUAGUUCCUCCGGGAUGCAGUGAGAGCUUGUAUUUCUCCUUGAUCCACUUCCCUCCCUCGCUGUUCUCAAUUGGCACAGCAUCAACACCUGCAAAUAUGCAUUACUUUUACCUGAUAAUAAUUCAGAUGGAAAACUUUACAGUAUACAGUUGUGAUUAAAGUAUAUAUUUUUAGCACUUUUCAGUGAUACAACAGAUUAAAUCAAAUCUAGCCUACCUACAAUGAGACAUUGUCUGGCAUGUGACCUACAAUAGUCGCUCCCUGCCGCUCCACCAGUUUGAUAGCAGCCUUCAUGGUUCCUCCGGUCUCUAUCCACUGGUCCACUAUCAGCACCUGGAGCCCUGCAGCACAGAGAGAGACCAACUAGUGGUUGUGGUUGUUUCUCAAAUGGUACCCUAUUCCCUACAUAGUGCAUUACUUGCUCUAUGGGCACUGGUCAAAAUAACAGAAUAGGGUGCUAUUUGGAAUGUCCACUGUAUUUAUAUUCAAACUCUUAACUCAAUGUGAUGCACACCGGCAGUCCUACUGAGUUACAGGACAAAACACAUUCAGAGAAUCUCCUUGAAGGGGAAAUGUUUACUUAAAUACAAAGGUGUUCAGUGGCUAUACAAACUCUUUGCUACAGACUAGGGUCCUUGGUUCCUGCACCAACACUAGAUUAUGUCACAGGAAAUAAGAGUGGUUGUCAGAGGAAAUGAGGCCAUGCUUGCAUUCAUUGAAACAAAUACAAACAGUGAGAUCUAAAACAGGCCAUACUGCCUCUUAGCUUGUGGGUUCAUUGAGCUUGUCUAUCACACUGUAUGUUGUCUUGCUACAUUCAUGUUAAUGAGUCUGUCUCUUUAUCCUUCACCUCUGGAUUCUACAAACAAGGCAGGACUCUUGAAACCUUAGAUGAGUGAUAUCCCUUCAUUGGCCAUAGACUCUGACUUAUUCACCAAGGAAAGCAAUUGUGUCAGUGUGAUGGCCUUAACACAUACAGGUGAACCUCCAUUAUCUACUCUCUGCCUGAGUAGUCCCUGUACUCUUGGCUCUGGAUUUGUAUGCACAUGUGUCCUGCUUUGCGGAUAGCCAGAAGGCCCUUUCCAAGGGUUGUGACGAUCCUGAAAACCACCAAGACAAAAAUUACAUCUUAGAAACAGCACAGAUAGACUGUUGUGUUGCAUGGUGUGAUAUUUUACUCUUAAAGCGUGUCAUUGUGGCAGGACCUAAAUGUGAACUACCCCUAAGUAUAAUUCAGAGUGGUUAGGUUUACUGCCCUUUCAGUGGAGCUUGCUGGAUGUGAAAUAAAAUUAGUAUGCAGUAAAUCGCAUGCAGCCACACUUCAGCAACAACACAUGAGCAUAUUGGUUGAGAUUGUAUGUUUUCCUGAAACAUUAUUGACUAGUUGUUUACCGAGGAUGAAUCCCAUUGCAUCUAUACCCGCGACCAGGUCAAUGGCCUCAUUCUGGAAUGGACAGAGAAGGUCCUUCACACAAUCUGACAGUGCCUGGAUUAGAUACAGAAUAAACCAGAUUGACCACC